AUGGGGAACACAGACUCCAGCCCGUCUACAGCCACAGCUGCUGGUUCCAACGGAGGCGUAACCACCGCGGCGCAGGGUCGGAGAGAAGUGAUCAACCGGCCUCGUCCAACUCCGGCUACCCGGACUGCCGCGAGGCCGGCUGCGGGAAGAAGGACUGGGGGCGUGCCGGCGGAACAAAAUCCCGGAGCGUAUUCCAUCCCCGGGGCGGGUUCCCGCACCAAUGUUGAUUCCAUACCGUACACGGUGACGGUACCUAACGGAGUGAGACCGGGGCAGGAAUUCCAGGUCAUGGCCGGAGGUCUGCCGAUGGUGGUUCGCUGCCCCCCGGACGUGAGAGGAGGGAGUCGAAUCAUGGUGCUCGUUCCGAGACAGCAUCGACAACAGCAGUCCCGAAAUGCCCAGGUGUACAUGGCGACAGUCCCCCCGGGUGUUUCGCCGGGUGGGGAGUUCAACGUUAUGGUCAACAGCCACCCGGUGAGGGUGGCGUGCCCCCCGAACGUCACCCCCGGCAUGCAGAUUAGAAUUCGCCUGGAAGAGCCGCAGGGAGCGCUGCACCAGACCUUCGAAGUCGCGGUGCCCCCGGGGGUGCGACCGGGGCAGCCGUUUGCGCUCAUCGCGGGGGGGCAGCGCGUGAUGGUGCACUGCCCGCACGACGCCCGGCCGGGGCAAAAGAUCCGCUUCCAGCUACCCAUCCAGCUCAGCGAGGCCCAGCUUCAGACGUACAACAUCCACUACUCGGGGAAGGACGGCUGGGUGAGAUGCGUGGGUACAGACCUCAAGUUUCACUGGGUACGGCACGACGAAGACGGCGCGGAUCCGGCAGCUGCGGCGGCGGUGGCGGUGGAUGGGGAGGGCGGGGCAGGGGGGGCGGGAGCGGGAGCGGCGGCGGCGGCGGUAGCGGGAGGGGAUGCGAGCUCGACACCACCGCCGCAGCAGGUGCAACGGAGAUCUAGCGUCUCCGACAAGGUCACUCUCAAACGGAAGCUGGGGGGAUCCAGCUUCCGCAUCGAAGGCAGCGCUUUCGUUCGCAAACUCUCCAAGCUGAGGCCUCGACACUUCAUGCUUGAGCUGGUGCGAGCAGAAGAAGCGACGUUGGAUGCGAGCGUACCGGAGGCGAACCUGACGUUCCAGCACUUGAGCCGGGCGAGCCAGCUCCCCUUCAAGGAAAAGGUGGACUGGUUCAACAAGCAGUGCGACCUCCUCAGAGUCCCGUGGGACGUCGAGCAUCAGCACCUCAAGAUUCGGAGGAGUAAUUUGUUGGAGGACAGCAUGGCGGCUAUGGAGAGCGUGAGAUCGGAGUCCAUGCGGCAAAGGUUCCGGUUUGAGUUUCUGGGGGAGCCCGGCGUUGACGCGGGAGGAGUCGCCAGGGAGUGGUUCCACCUUGUCUCAGAAGGGCUCUUCAACCCCGACUUCGCGUUGUUCCAGUACUCGAGCAUCAACCAGAUGUGUAUGCAGAUCAGCGCUAACUCCGGGGUGGCGAACGAGCAGCAUCUGCAGCAUUUCCACUUCGUCGGCAGGUUACUGGGCAAGGCGCUGUUCGACGGCCAGCUCGUCCAGGCGCAUCUCGUCCGGCCGCUGUACAAGCACCUCCUGGGCUGGCCGAUCGCCUUCAGCGACCUCGAGCACGUCGACCACUUCACCCACGAAUCCCUAAUCAAGAUGACCGAGCUCGACGACGUUGAGGUGUGCUGUCUAGACUUCACGGUCACGGAGGACCGCCUGGGGUCGAUGGAGGUCGUGGACCUGAAGGAAGGCGGUGCCGAUCUCGACGUUACGAACGACAACAUCGGGGAGUACGUGGAGCUCGUGCUCAAGCACCGGCUUCUGAUGCGCAUGCGCGACCAGCUCACGGCGUUCCUGGUGGGUUUCUACGACGUUAUUCCGGAGGCGUUGUUGUCGGUGUUCGACUUCCAGGAGCUGGAGCUGCUCAUGUGCGGGCUGCCGCACAUCGACCUGACGGACUGGCAGAGGAACACGGACUACACGGGGGAGUUCGAGCGGAAGGCAGGGAACCACAAGCCUUGCUUGCUCAACGCCGUGAGAACCCCGUGCACUAUCGGAGUGUCUCAGGGCAACGAUGGCAACAUUCGAAGGUUUACCAUCAACGGGUUGCCCGACUUGGAUUCGGGCCUGUUCCCCAAGUCUCACACGUGCUUUAACCGCAUAGACUUGCCCAUGUACUCCAACAAGAAGGAGCUGGAGGAGUACCUGACCAUGGCCAUCAACAUGGAGUGCACAGGCUUCGGCAUCGAGUAACAGCCUUGGCUUGCCUGGGCUUUGGGUGGGUGUCGAAGCGUUGAGUCGCGCGCGCGACGACGGUGUGUUUCAUGCAUGUGCGAUGGCAUGGCGUUGGCUUUCAACAAGAUGGAGCUCUGUCGCUUUGGGGAGAAAAGGCACGGUUGUUGGGGUCGGGGUGGGGGGUCCGGGGAUUCGGGUUCUUCAAGGAUGGGGGGGGGGGGCGUGCCGAGAAAAAGCGCGAAAAGGGCAGGGACAUGCAUACUGGCACCCUUGUUCUACCCCACGCCUAGUUAAAGCCUGUUCUCGUUUGGAAACCCCUCGAAGGACUGCCGGGGGCUCCGUCAUAUCGCAACGCAAAAAGAAGGGUGUGUGAGCAUGUUGACCGUGGGGCAGGACACGCUAGAAGGGUUAAGGAGGACAGGAGCGGCGCUGUUCAUUUUCUACUUGACGGCGAGGCCGGUUCGGUUGAGCAACCCCCCCCCCCCCAAUGAGAAUGCGGUGGCCUCGUUGCCUCGCCGUGAUUGGUUGGCCACGGCGCACGCAACGCGGACAUGCACCAAUAGCCGGGCCGAUAGGCUGUCUGUGUCAUCCCGUUUGUGUUGCACUCCUUUUUUUUUAUUGUUUCUUUUGUCGGCGACGCGCCCCAUUUUGUUUCGUGGCGGGCUAGGGGCGCCCUGCUGUGGUAGGACGGCGUCUUUUGAUGGGGGAGCUCGCUCGUGUCUUGAACGCGUACGAGCUGAGCUAGGUUAGAGAAAAAAGUGAGUUUGAGUCGCUUCAACGGGUGCUGACUUUUUAGCUGUGGCCGGCUCACCCAUGUGAGAGUUUCUUUUUUCCCGCGCACGUCAGACACCUGUGUCAUACCGCCUCGCUUUGUAAACAUUUCACCUCUCGGUUCGGUAGCCCGGUAGAGCGCGCAGUUCAGGACAUGUUGUGUGCCGAUAUUUUAAUCACAACUCGAUACACCGUCCAUGUCCAGAUGGUCGUCGUUGAGAGGGACCGCCGCUUUUUGUGUGCCGUACGAGCUUGUUUGUCCAUGAAGCAUGUAUAUGCGGGAGGCACGACAGCCGUUUCGUUAUUUUUUCAUUCGUUGCGUGUCUUUUUGACAGUUUCUCGUCCUUGUAUAAGCUUGCUUUUUUGGUCUCUGUACCACACACCUCGCAACCCCGCCGCGUGUUUGUGUUGUGGAUUGGACACCGACUGACUUUGCAAGUGUUUUGCGGUAGACGUCGACCUUAUUUUUCGUCUCAGGGUGAGAAUUUGGUUUUGAUGAUGUUUUUCUUGGUCUUCGCGUCGGGAUUUUGUCUUGUUUUGUUGUAGGGGAGCGGAAGAAGUCCGCAUUGGCGGCUGGCUGUACGCGAACCAAGCAGUAUUUUCUUUUGUAUGCAUAAUACCUGUGUACAGACAACUUCAGGCUGGCUCUCGGGCAGGCAUAGGUAGGUGUGCGCGUGAGGUGGUUGAGUUUGCAUUCUUCUUGCGAUUAAUUGAUAAGGACGGACGGGGAACUAGACUUCUGCUGUGGCUUUUAUCUCGUGACUGACUCAUGUGGUUUGUCCGCGCUAAUGUACCGCGGGGAUUCCCAUUUGCGGCCACUUGCACAUACAGCAUACGUACAGGCUGCAGCUGCUCUUGCAUACGAUGCAGUUUAAUGAUGUGUAUAAUAGCCAAGCGCCUCCGAUCUUCUCUGUGCGGGGUAGUUAAUUGUAAUGUUCCGAUACCUUGCGAAACGUUUUUCUUGUGUGCUUGAUUGACAGUAAACCAGAGGGGGCAGCCGCCAGGCCCAUACUCGUGACACGGCGUUGGCUAGCCAAAAGCGUCAAUAAUGACAAGCACUUACCACCA